CAUUCAUUCAGUCAUUCAAUCAAUCAGUCAGUCAGUCACUUGCUACUGUCCGAGUCGAAACAAACCACCCUGUUCACCACCCAAUGGUGAUCUCGGCACAGGCUGCAUGAUCGUCCCUCCCUUCCUGACCUUGCGGGACCAUGUCCGUCAAUGACCGUCGCGCCAGCUACAUGAGCGCUCCGAGACCCCGCGUUGCGUCCAACCGCGUCGGCGACGCUGAAAAGGCCGCUCUGCGCAGCGCCGCGUCCCCCUUGCAAUCGGAGAGCAUGGACCAUCGCGGAAGCACCUCCAGCCAGAGAACCAGAGCCUCGGGCGACAAGCGAGCCGAACGAAUGGCGCUCCAAACGAGAGAGAGGUCCCAAGUCCGGACCAGAAACCCGGUCAAGGAAUCGUCCAGUGCAGGGAACCGAGGAGAAAUGAUGCUGGAGAGGUCCCGGUCGAAGCGAGGGAGUCAGCCAGAGGCGGCGAGUCCCAAUGCCCGGAAGAAGGAGAAGCAGCCGGCGGAGACUCCAUGGAGCCCACAGGCCUCGUUAAUGCCCCAUUCAACGGCGCCGCUGGCGAGUCGAGUGUCAGUUCCUCCCUUGGCCUCCACGUUACCGCAGUAUCUUCAACCAAUUCCACUCCGCGAGCUUGCGGCCGACGCGCAGGAGAAGGCGGUCUUGGAGGAUCUGUUAUACGUUUUCAUGGGCUUUGAGGGCCAGUACAUCCACUACCGCGGCUCAUACGAUCCGUCCUCAGAGAAGGACCGGUUGACCGGUCCCGAGUUCCAGCUGCCAACAGGAAUUGACCCGACUUUGAAGGAUCUCACGCAAUCGACAUUGAGGAUAGCGACCCAUUACAGCGCGUUAGAGGCAUUCGUGGAGGUACAAAGUCGCGCGGAGUACGGGGCGGUUAGCCAUUCGCUAUGCGCUACGAUCCGGAAAUUGCUCAAGGAGUAUCUAGUCCUGGUUGCUCAGCUCGAGAAUGAGCUGCUCAACAACCCGACCUUCACGCUGCACCUCCUUCACUUGCACACUAUGCCGACCAGCCAAUGUCUGGCUCAGCUAUACUCCCUAGGCCAGGAGCUGCUCCGGCGGAAUGGGCUGUUGGACCAGGAUCUCGACGAGUCGAUCGAUGAUUUUGACGACGUGGAUAACAUUCUCGAGCAGCUCAAGGAGGGUGGAGACCUGGUGCCGGGCGCCAUGUCCAGCAAGAAGAUCUGCAAAGGAGGCAAUGUGCUGCGGCUGCUGACCGAGCGAUUGGCGACCUUUUCGGGUGAUCCGACGACGAAGGCUCUUCUAGAACGACUACUCCGGGAUGCCAGUCGGCCCUAUAUGACGAUGCUCAACGAAUGGCUGCAUCAUGGUGGCAUCAAGGACCCACACGGGGAAUUUCUUGUCAAGGAACAAAAGUGGAUCAAGCGGGAGAAGCUUGAGGAGGACUACACGGACGAGUACUGGGAGAAGCGAUACACGAUCCGCGACAACGAGAUUCCGCCACAGCUUGAAAGCGUGAAGGACAAAGUUCUUCUAGCUGGAAAAUACCUGAAUGUGGUGCGAGAGUGCGGUGGUGUCGACGUUAGCAAAGCAGUCAAGGAUGUGCCCAAGACCCUGGACGACCCGCGAUUCUUGGACAACGUCAAUGCCGCCUACACAUACGCAAACGCGUCGCUGCUCAACCUCCUCUUGACCAAGAACUCGCUCACUACCCGCUUCCGCUCCCUGAAACACUACUUCUUCCUGGAUCGCUCCGACUUCUUCUCCUACUUCCUCGAACUCGGAGCGUCCGAGCUCCGCAAGCCCGCCAAGAACGUCAACGAAAGCAAGCUCCAGUCGCUUCUCGACCUGGUACUACGCCAACCAGGCAGUAUUGCAGCCCAGGACCCCUUCAAAGAAGACGUCAAGGUGCGGAUGAACAAGAUCGGCCUCACAAAAUGGCUGAUGCAGGUUGUGAGCGUUUCCGGCAUCGAUCAAGACCAUCCGGAGGCGGCAAUCGAGCGAUACCAGGCACCGUCCCAGGGGGUAGAAGACGAUAAAGACAUCGUCGGGUUUGACGCGCUGGAGCUGGACUAUUCCGUCCCCUUCCCAUUGUCCCUCGUCAUCAGUCGGAAGACGGUCCUUCGGUACCAGCUGAUCUUUCGACACAUCCUGUCGCUCCGCCACCUCGAGACCAUGCUCGUCACCUCGUGGCUGGACCAGAGCAAGGUCGUCGCGUGGCGACACAAGUCCUCCGACCGGCGGUUGGAACUGUGGAAGCGGCGCGCAUGGAACCUGCGCUCGAAGAUGCUGGUGUUUGUCCAGCAGCUCCUCUACUUCUGCACGGCAGAGGUCGUGGAGCCCAACUGGCAGAGCCUGAUGGACCGGGUGAACGGGACCGACGCAGACGGGUCUGAGGUGACCGUCAACGGCACGAAGCAAGUCAACCGCACCGUAGACCAGCUCAUGCAGGACCACGUGGACUUCUUAGAUACCUGUCUGAAGGAAUGCAUGCUCACGCAGGCCAAGCUUCUCAAGAUCCACCACCGCCUCAUGACCUGCUGCACCAUGUUUUCCUCCUGGGCCACCUCGUCGCUUGCCCGCGCCCUCGCCUCUGCCGACCCCGAUCUAGCCGGAAACAAGGCCGCCGGCUCGGACGGACGGGGAUACGAUCCAUCCCGAAUCGACAAACUCGAGGAGACGCUGAAGCGAUGCGAGGAGCAUUUCAACCGCCAUCUACGGAUUCUGAUGGACAGCCUGAACUACUAUGCCGCUACAGAGAGCGUCGUGCUUCUGAAGCUUGCGCACGCCUUGAGCGCGAUCAGCAAAGAGGACUGAGCGCGAGUGGGAGCUAUAACCCUUUUAUCCUCAUCCGAGGGAUUGUAUCUUCCCUGCGGGUCUUUAGUCCCCUAUCCCAUCCGGGUCAGCCUAUAGAAUGGAUGGGCACUCCCACAUCUCCAUAGAGAUCCCGACCAGGAGGCCAUGUAGGGCUGCGGCUUGCGCAGACCGGCAGCAAGGGAGAUAGAUGGCUGCGCUGCCCACGAUGCUCCAAUCCCAAACCAUCCAUCCGGCAACACUCCUCUUCGCACCCGUCUCUAUCCAUUUCUUCCCACAUUUCUUUUUCUUCUCUCUGAUUAUUAUAUUCCAUCGGUUAGCACAGGCGGGACGGAGUAUCGGCAGCGGGCAGACGGGCAGACGGGCAGGCAGGACAGUAUAGGACAAAGGCGAUGACGACGAGCGAUGGACAGGACAUGUUUAGUUAUGUCUUCUGGUGAUUGAUGAUUUGG